AUGGGUGGGACCAUAGACAAAGAAUUUCGCAACCUGCACCAGACCGAAACAAUCGCGGACAUUUCAUGGAAUGUCUAUCAGACGGAAUCGACAGGCAGGACACCGGAUGAUUAUCUCCCAAGAAAAUGUUUGAGGGACUUCUAUGAGGAACAUUCCGUCAGUAUCACAAACGAUGGACAUACUGUCAAGAGCUUCUGUCCAAAAAACAAUGUUGAUGAGAAGCAUUUUAUUACGUACAUUAAUUAUCCUAAAGUUAUUGAUAUCAGAAAAGACAUUAGAACAAGAGAAGCUGAGGAAAGAAAGAGGCAAGAGGAGGAAAGGACAUACAAGGACUUCAAAUGGGACACUCUUGUUUAG